UUCCUGCUGCUCUGCCAUGCGCCACGCGGCCCGUGCGACUCGCCGGUCCUCCUGGGCGGCCCUGCACGGACGCCUCGGCCUGUCCUAGCAGGGAUCGCCCCCCUUCUCAGUUCCCGAGGGGCUGCUGCGCCCCGCUCGCCCGAGGAGCUGUGCUCACCGCAGGGGCGGGCCCCCGCCUGUGUUCGCCGCGCCAGCAGAAGACUGAUCUUUGAAAAUAUGUAUUUGGGAGAUAGUCACGUUCUGUUGAAUACCUUGUGCGGGUGCUGCCACAGAAAAAUCUGGUUACACUCCGGGAAGGCCUGCUGCCGCCGCAGGACCGAACCACCUCGGCUCUGA